UUGUAAGAGGCCUCUUAACAAAAGAAACAAUACAUAUGGGUACGUUCCUGAUUAUAACUCAUUUUAUCUAAUUUAUUAAAUUCUUAUGCACUGUAAAAAUGAUUUGCUUCUCCAAAGCAACAUUUUGUUUGUUCGUUGUAAACUCUCACUUACAAUCACGAAGCGUAAUUACAAACGAUCUGCUUUGGUUAGGCACUGAAUGUAAUGAAUGGCCAAUGAAAAUGUCUUACCAUUUCGGAUAGUAGCUCUUUGAUUUAUGUGUCCUACUCUAUUGUUGUAGAUGCUGCUUGUAACAUCACGGUAAAUUUUCCAAAUGACCGUACAGGGAAGUGUCAGUUUCGAUUUGUUUACUUUAUUUUCUGAUUAUUGAGCGACUUAACGAGUAUAUUUUCGUUUAUUUACGCAUGUACUAAGCGGAAACCAAAGCAUUCAGAUGUCGUCUCAUACAAAAAGUUCAGAGAUAGAAGUCGGAAUGGCAAAGCAAGCAUAGAACAUGCAAUAAACAUGUACUUUCUGCACUGGUCACAGAAAUGAUUGUUAGUUAAUCUUUUAAUAAUUCACUGAUAGCUGAAACACUCCACAAAUAAACUUAAACCAAGCAACUUUACAGCAGUUUUACAUAUCGGUCAGUUAGAAAUUUCAAAAUCUAUAUAUAAAAUAUAUCAAAAUAAUUUCAACAAUCAACGUUGUUUUGUUUUUCAACGAAUUGUGUUGCUUUGACACUUCUCAUGAGUUUUUGACUAAUAAACUUGUUAAUAAAACCAAUUGCAUUCUUGUUUUCUUUGUGCUGUCUUUCUGCAGUGAUGAUGACAGCCAAACAGCGCCAAGCUAUUUGAUUUUAACAACAAAAUUAGUUGACAAUGCCACUUUUGGUAUAAGUAUUAGACAUUUUAUUGGAAUCGAGUUUAUGAUAAUCGAUUCAACCAUCUUUGAGAAAUCGAAGUGAGUGUCGUUUUCCGCUUCGGAGACCGGGUUCUGGUAUACUUGUGGAGCGUAUACAUGACCAAAUAAUAUUAGCAUCUUUCUCCUCGCACUAUUAGCUGUCAAUAAUUCUGGACGCACUGUACUGACGAAGUGUUUUCCCUCCUUUUCAAUGAUGCGUCAGUUGGUGUCUGAACGGCGGAGCAGUAACUUGGUUUGUGUCAAAUCAUAAUUUGCACACCUAACGAAAAAUGGAAACCGAACUUCAUUCUUGUGCUAUAUAGGCUUUUCCACAAUACUCAAAGUCGGUUGGUUUUGCUAUAAAAAAAAAGACUUUUAAUAAUCUUUAGCGCAGUUUCGAAGAGUUUUUACGUUCUUUGCUUCAUCACUUUAGCCGACGGGAUCACUAUUCCUGACACUUUCUGAGCUGUAAAUAGGGGACUUGUAUAGCUGAAUGGGGUUCAUUUGGUCGUCAACUAACGAGUUCUAGGAACUAUAGAAAUCUAUUUUCAAAUUUUAAAGAGCUAAACUAAAGUACCCUGUCCGUAGUUGCACUUCGUGAUUGUCCAAACAAGUGUAAAUGCACAAUAAUGCAAAAAAAAGUCAAUAAAAGGGGUCAAUUGUCCUACAUUGGCGAUCCUGCCAGGAGAUAGUAAUCUAGUUCUCAGUGAACAUUAAAUUUAAUGAAUCACUUGACACGAGAUUAUACACGCAUAAUCAACAGUUCAGUGACCAAAUGUUCAAGGGUUUGUUUUCCACAAACAUGUAGAUUAGAUUAUGUUAUAAGUUGUACAUGUAAGUAUAAACAAGCAAUUGCGAGGAGAAUCGGGACUCCUAAGUGAAAAUCAAUGGUGGUAUAGAAAACCACAUUGAUAAUGAAAAGUAGCGAGUUGGGACGACCGCUAUUGAAUGAUUGUGUGAUUUCGGAAAACCACACAAUGGCAAGGAGUGUUGGGACAACCUCAUUUGUGAAAAGCGAUGGUGGUAAAAAGACCACAUUCGUAUUGAAGGGUAGCGAGUUCGGACGACCGCUACACCUGUUUGUGUGCGUUGAGUCUAUCAAGAAAUGACAAGUGAUCAGAACAAUCGGCUUGAUGGUAACGAAAAUUCAAUGUCGCUCACAACAUAAAAACCGUUGUUCGAGCACGAGGAAGACAAACAAGUGUCAUGAGUUGUUCUACUAAACACUCGUUAAAUCCAAAAUUACAAAAAACUGUAGUUUUGAGUUAUUUGUGGUUGUUUCAUACUACUGGGGACAAGAGAACACCACGAUUAAGAUUUACCCAUUCUUGUAGACAUCUGCAGUUCAGGCACCAAGUUGCGUAGGUUACUUAAAACAGAUGAAAAACCGUGUUUGUGUAGCUUGGUUCAGGUAAUUAUUUCAGGUAAAUGAAUCAAAAUGCAAUGCUUGUCAUUUUCUCCUUGUGAGAAAUAACAUUUGAAUUUCUAUUGAGAGCAGACAGAGAAGCCAAAUAUCUAAAAACAAUUUGUUUUUACUAAUUUAUAUUGACAAAGCAGAAUCAUUUUAUCCAAGAAUUUUCCGAAAGUCAAUGAAAUCGACUGAAACGAGCUGUGGUCAGAGACUAGUUUCCUCGGUCUUUGAAUAGCUUUUACGUUCUCUUGUUUAUAGUCAAAUGAACAAAAAUCAUUGAUAAAAUUAAUUUUGCUUCAAAUAUAAAACUGACCCAAUUAGUCGAGAAUACCAUGGAAAUUAUGAUUAUUGUGAGAUCUGAGAUGGGACACUGAUCAUUCGCAAUCUGAACAUGAACGGAGUGUUGUUCAAUUGGGUGGUCGUCUAAGUUGUAUCUCAUUGCAAUCAGAGUAUCAUCAAUGGGGAGGACAAUUUCUAGAAUUUUUUUUCGGCCUUACCUUCAUGAAAAAUUUCCGAGCAACACCGGGUAAAUCAGCUAGCAAUGUUAUAAAACUAUCAACGAUAGCCAGACUCUAAUAAUUUGUAUACCUCCAAUAAAUCAUUUAACAUGUGACUGAUGGGGAAUCAUCGAUGUAUGGUUUUCAAAGAUUUUCGUUUUUUUUUAGUGGAGAGAGAAUGUGGAGUUUAUACAUGACUAAAUAAUAUUAGCAUCUUUCCCCUCGCACUAUUAGCUGUCAAUAAUUUUGGACGCACUGUACUGACGAAGUGUUUUCCCUCCUUUUCAAUGAUGCGUCAGUUGGUGGCUGAACGGCGGAGCAGUAACUUGGUUUGUGUCAAAUGAUUAUUUGCACACCUAACGCAAAAUGGAAACCGAACUUCAUUCUUGUGCUAUAUAGGCUUUUCCACAAUACUCAAAGUCGGUUGGUUUUGCUAUAAAAAAAAAGACUUUUAAUAAUCUUUAGCGCAGUUUCGAAGAGUUUUUACGUUCUUUGCUUCAUCACUUUAGCCGACGGGAUCACUAUUCCUGACACUUUCUGAGCUGUAAAUAGGGGACUUGUAUAGCUGAAUGGGGUUCAUUUGGUCGUCAACUAACGAGUUCUAGGAACUAUAGAAAUCUAUUUUCAAAUUUUAAAGAGCUAAACUAAAGUACCCUGUCCGUAGUUGCACUUCGUGAUUGUCCAAACAAGUGUAAAUGCACAAUAAUGCAAAAAAAAGUCAAUAAAAGGGGUCAAUUGUCCUAAUAUCUUUUUAAAUCGUACAAUUGCCCUAAUAUCUUUUAUAUUUAAAAUUGCCUAAAAAUUUUUGAGUUUUGAGCCAAAACUAGAAGAUUUUUAUUCAUUUUUUUUGCAAUAUCGACCCAAAUUACUGUUUGGUAUUUUCACACAGUCUCCCUGUUUUCUCGAAAUAUCUAUAUUUCAUGAGCAAAUUUAUUAUUCAAAUGCAAAUGACACAUUAUGAAGUAAAAUUAUUGAGAUUGAUAAAACUGUUAUUUCCUGUAUUGAAACGGUUAACUCGCAAAAUUAAACUGACAUCUGUGAAACAACUUACAUUUCAUUCGUGCGAACGAUGUUCGAAUGAACUGCCAUACAUUUUAGCGUAUCACAUGGAGUUAAUCACAAACAUUUCAAUGAUAUCUUUGAUACGAAGCAUUUGUUCGACAAAGUAUACCGAUAUUUAAACAACUUUAGCGUUCGAAAACAUUCGAACAAUUGAAAUCAAGAAAGGCUUAUUCUCAUCCGUUCGAAAGCACGUGUUCGUACGAACGCUCGAUACGGACGUGAACAGGAAUGAGGACUAAUAUCAUAUUUCGGAGGAGGAUUAUCGCCAUUAUGAGAGUGGACUCAUUGCAGUACUGGCGGCUAAAACACGAUUAGUACUGAUUAGUGAAUCGUGAAGGCAGUUUCAUUCGUCAAUCGAUCACAGAAAUCAUGAAAGCUCUUCUAAUUGUUGUACUACUCCAUCAAAUCACGGCAAUUGUGUCAAUAAACUGUGAUGUGGAACCAAAGAAUACAGAAUCUAUGCUAAGGAAGAAACUCCUAUGUAAAAAAUACGAUAAAACUGAACGCCCCGUGAAAAGUCACACAGAUGCCGUCGUCGUCAAUUUUCAUAUGGUGCUGCAAAAUUUCAAUUUCGUAGAUAGUCUUCAGAAGUUGUACAUCAACGUUUGGCUGUUGCUGACCUGGAAGGAUGAAUUUCUCACUUGGAAUCCAAUGGAGUACGAUGGGAUAAAAGAUCUCGUGAUUGAUUCCGAGGAUAUCUGGCUACCGGAUAUGAUGCCUUAUUCGGCAUAUUACAGCAAUAACUUGGAUGCAGCGUGUACAACUCCCAACUGUCAACUGGCUAGCGAUGGUCUCGUGAAAUGUGUUCCAGCCUGCGAAUACCACAGCCUGUGCCAAUCCGACUACUCAAACUGGCCAUUCGAUCGUCAGAAUUGUACACUGCGAUUCGGAAUGUGGGCGGAGCAUUCGAACGAAGUGGAUUUUUUAGCGAACGGGACUUCCUUGGGAUCAGAUGAAACCAACAGCCAUAACGAAUGGAAUAUCCUGUCCACCAAUGUGCAAAAACAUGAUACACCGUUGCGGGACAACCAAACUUACCCCUCGGUGUUAUUCAAUUAUGUAUUAGAGCGACAUUCCGGAUCGCACUGUGCUAUCGUUCUGACACCAGCAUUCAUAAUGAUGGCGAUUAACAUAAUAUCCCUAUGGCUAAAUUGCUAUUCUCUGGAGCGAUUGGUCAUGCUAGGAUCAAGUUUAUUCAUUCACUUCCUGUUCAUCGAAAACCUGUACUGGCAGAUACCGUUCAACGGAUCGAGUACUCCGUCUUUCUUAAUCUUCUUCCGAAAUUCACUGGUAAUCACUGCUACAUCUCUAGUACUGACAGUAUUUAUUAAACAUAUUUAUCUAAGUGAUUCGGAACCACCAGCGGCUGUCGGUGGAGUCAUUACUUUUCUAUCAGACAAUCAACUGGGUCAAAAACUAUUCGGUAGGAACUUGGACGAAGAUACUGUGGAAGCAAGUGAAACUACAGACGGCAAUGGAGGGGAAAAUUCUCCGGAUACCGUUAUUUUGGUUGGCGAAAACUUCCCCGAACCGAAAAAGACAGCUGUAAAAGGUGGAAUUUACAAAGUUGCUGCUCUUAUGAUCGAUAGAAUUCUUUUUGUUGGAAUUAUCGUUUUGUAUGCCCUGUUGUUACUAACUCUGAUGCCUAAGUAUUAAUAUUGCUCAGUAUUGUUAUCUGUCGUUAUUUCGAUCAUUCUUUCUCCUUCUUCAUUGUAUGAAUAUAUACGAAAGUUAAUUUCUCAAUAUAUGCGCUUUCUAGACUCCGAAACUACCCGUGCAAUCGAUUUGUACUCACCGUAUAUUUCAACUAUUCAAAAAUUUAUCCUUGUAUGUUGAGUAAGAACUUGUCCGUCGGUGAUUUGAAAUGAAUUUCAGUCUAACUCAAUCUUUCGCCGGAAAAUAAACUAACACACUAAAAUCGCGAUGAGUGUCAUUUACACAAAAGCGCUUCGAGGCCGUUCCGUUUCCAAGUAGCAUGUUAAGUUGACGUCCUGUAUUUUUCUACUGAUUGUGCAAUUUAUCAAAUUAGUUUAUAUUACUAUUCUAAUAACUGUUGUGUUAUGGAAAAAGCGCAAUUUUUCUGUGUUGUGCAACAUAUCUUUAAGUUCUUCCGUUAUUACGAAUAUUUAUUCACAACGAUUGUGCAACUGAUACAAAAACUCAUGCGUCGACCUCACCACAAAGGCAGUAAUAAAAUCAGCGAAAAACCAAUUGUGAAACUCGUGAAAACUACUGCGUAAUGUAAACAAGAAAUAGAAUGACGUUUAAAAAAACACAACAAACUUAAUUUCUAGUGAAUAAGUUUCACUUUUGAUUUUCAAUAGACUGCUCUCAACACAAACAUGGAACCUGUAAAAUAAAGGACCAAAAUGAAUUACCCCGUUUUCGGCUAAAUACAUGGAAAAGUCGGUAUGGUUCAAUGAUUUAAAGAAUCAAAACUCGACGAUGACCUUCCAAAUUGUAGUUGGAUAGGAAAAGUGAUCAAAAAUGUCGAAAAACGAAAAAUUGUGGCCUUGUUUUCGAGCAAUCUCGGCUUGUGCAAGGAUAAGCGAAAUUCUAGCAAAAAGGUCACGUCGCCAUUCAGGAUUUUCGGUGUGCAAACAAUGUAAAAAUCUUGCAAGCAAAUAAUUAUCCCAAACAACGGAGCCAGCUCU